CGCCCUUAGAUUGCUUGGCUAAGGGUCGACACACAAACAAUCCUGACAAUACAUAGUCACGUGAUUACGAAGAACCAUCGGAUCGCUGUGACGCACGUCGAACAGAAAACGUGGUAUUUACAUAUCAGAGACGUACAGGAAUUGGACAAGGGCUGGUACAUGUGUCAGAUUAAUACCGAUCCAAUGAAGAGCCAAGUCGGAUAUUUGGAUGUAGUGGAUCUGCCCGUUUCAGUGCCUCCAGAUAUUUUGGAUUAUAUUACCAGUACUGAUUUGGUGGCAGAUGAAAACGCAGACGUUUCUCUUCGGUGCGCAUCAUCGGGGUCUCCAGAACCCACAAUUACGUGGAAACGCGAGAAUGGUGGUCCGAUACGCUUGGCUAAUGGAACAGAAGUAUCAAAUAUUACAGGAGAAAUGCUGAAUUUAACGCGCGUAAAACGCGAACAAAUGGGAGUGUAUCUGUGCAUAGCUUCUAAUGGAAUUCCGCCGUCUGUCAGCAAGAGAAUUUCGCUGUUAGUUCAAUUUCCCCCUUCGAUUUGGAUUCAGUUUCAAUUAAUCGGAGCGUAUCAAGGACAGAAAGUUACCUUAGAAUGUCAUUCGCAGGCUUUCCCUAAAUCAAUUAACUACUGGUCUAGGGAUAAUGGAGAUAUUAUACAUCACAGCACGAAAUUCGUUCCGGAAAUCAUCGGGGACAAUUACGAAGUCCACAUGAAACUGACUAUUAAUUAUUUGGACGAGCGAGAUUUUGGGAUCUAUAAAUGCAUUUCAAAGAAUUCUUUAGGGGAUAUGGAGGGAUCGGUUAACGUUUAUAAAAUUCCUCAACCAAAUAUCAUGGCAAUGAUACCUGAGAAAGAAAAAUCUUAUAAAAGCGCGCCAACUGUCGAGAUGGAAGAUUUACUUUAUCAAGUGGAAAAUAAUAAAAAAGCUGAAGAGAAAAAAGUUCUAAAAGAGGAAUCGCAGCAUUCGACGAGCGACAGUUAUCGGAUUAUAGAAUCUUUCCCGUUUUGUUUAAUGCCUACUCUUUUAGCUUUCAGAAUUUAAAUAAUUUGCAUUUUUUUAUAUGGGGAAAAUAAUUAGGUACCGAUUGAAAAAUUUUUAUUUCGGAAAAAUGCCCUGUAAGGAGCAACUUGUAAAUAUUGUAUAUGACUUUAAAAAAAACUUUGUUCAAUAAUCAAUUUUCA